UUAAACUGGAAGUGUGAAAGGAUGGCAUCCACGAACCGGAAAUGGAUUGAAUAGCGUCAGCAGUGAUAUGAAAGUAAAACGAACAAGAUUAAAGAUUUUAUGAUCUGGCUUUGGUGGGACAGUGCGAGGAUUUUGUUCUGUGCAGAGCGAUAAAUACAGGUCACAAAGCAAGCAUGAAUGACUUUGCUGUUCUUAACACUGGGCGAAAGAUGCCCCUCGUAGGUCUAGGGACAUGGAAGAGUGAACCUGGAAAGGUAAAGCAGGCGGUUAUCUGGGCACUUCAGUCUGGCUAUCGACACAUUGAUUGUGCUGCCAUUUAUGGAAAUGAACCAGAAAUUGGUGAAGCCUUCCAGGAGAUGCUGGGGCCUGACAAAACCUUGAGGCGAGAGGACGUAUUUGUGACCUCUAAGCUGUGGAACACACGGCACUAUGCAGAGGACGUGGAGCCGGCCCUGCUCAAGACCUUAAAAGACCUGAAGCUGGAGUACCUAGACCUCUAUCUCAUUCACUGGCCCCACGCCUUCCAACGUGGGGAUAAUCCUUUCCCUAAAAAGGAAGAUGGGACAAUACUGUAUGAUGAUAUUGACUACAAAGUGACAUGGGCUGCCAUGGAGAAACUUGUGGAAAAGGGACUUGUGAGGGCCAUUGGACUCUCAAACUUCAACAGCCGUCAGAUUGAUGACAUCCUGUCAGUGGCCAACAUAAAGCCUACUGUUUUGCAGGUGGAGGGCCAUCCAUACCUUGCACAGGUGGAGCUACUUGCUCACUGCAGGGAACGGGGGAUAGUGAUGACCGCCUACAGUCCGCUGGGUUCUCCAGACCGAGCCUGGAAAAGACCGGAUGAGCCAGUUGUGUUAGAGGAGCCAGUCAUUACUGCUCUGGCCAAGAAGUACAACAAGUCUCCUGCACAAAUUAUAAUCAGGUGGCAAACCCAGCGAGGAGUAGUGACGAUUCCAAAGAGUGUGACAGAGUCUCGCAUCAAAGAAAAUAUACAGGUCUUUGAUUUCACUCUAGAGGCUGAAGAAAUGAACAGUGUGACAGCGUUGAAUAAUGGCUGCCGAUACAUAGUGCCACUUAUUACUGUUGAUGGCAAGCACGUGCCGAGGGAUGCAGGACAUCCUCACUACCCCUUCAAUGAUCCUUAUUAACGCAUCUUGCUGCAAGACUCUGUGCCUUCCAACCUACUUCAGCUGACCCUUCUGUAUACUGUAAACUACACAAUAAAUGCUUUUCUUACUGAUUGGA